UCCUUGCUCCUGGUACGUACGUAGCACACACGGUGCAGCUACACGAGACGAGUAUGGACGCGCUCGUGGUGUUCCCGGCGGCCGGCUCAUCGUCGUGCUCCCCUCCAUCGGCGGCCUCCUUCUUCUCCGCCGCCGAGCGGCUCCCGGUCCGCGGCAGUACUCCUCCUGUCAUCGAGCUCGUCUCCUGCGAGGUCCCCGAGCAAUGGCUCUUCAACGACGACCUCGACCUCGAUGAUAAUUAUAACUACCAGCCGGCGUGGGCCGGCUCGGCGGCAGCGGCGGCCGGGGGGCUUCCGGCGAUGGCGAUGACGACGGAGCCGUGCGCGCCGGCCGUGGAGAUGACGAAGAGAUCAAGGCGGGGGAGGAAGCCCGGGCCGAGGUCCGAUGCUCCCACGGUGAGCCACGUCGAGGCGGAGCGGCAUCGCCGGGAGCGGCUGAACCGGCGGUUCUGCGACCUCCGCGCCGCCGUGCCGACCGUGUCGAGGAUGGACCGGGCCUCGCUCCUCUCCGACGCCGUCUCCUACAUCUCCCAGCUCACGGCCCGCCUGGCACGCCUCGAGCGCGAGGCCGCCGCGAUGGCCCGCCAGAAGGCCCAGGCCGCCGAGUCGGCCCGCCAGAAGGCGCCGGCCGUGCGCGAAGAAGAAGAGGAGGAGCGGCUGGAGGUGCGGAUGGUGGGGGCGGAGCGGGAGGCAGCGGCGCUGCGGUUCGUGACGGCGUCGUCGAUGGCGUCGGCGGUGCCGGCGAGGCUGAUGGCGGCGCUCCGGGCGCUGGACCUGCCGGUGCAGCACGCGUGCGUGAGCCGCGUCCACGGCGGGGGCGCCCCCACGGUGGUGCAGGACGUCGUGGUGGACGUGCCGGACGCCGGGAUGCGGGACGAAGGCCGGCUCCGGACCGCCUUGCUCCGCCGGCUGCAUGCAGCAGCAGGUGAUGCCUAGCUAAGCAGGAAAUGCAUGCAUGCAGCCCGAUCGAUCCACGUACACGCUGUUAAUUAAUUAACGAAGCCGCCAAGCCGGCCGUGUUCGCCGUGGUGGAUUGAUCUAUCAUAUCUGGACCUAAAAAAGCUACUCGAGGUGUAAUUAGCUUACUACUGUACGUCAUGCAUAUGCAUGCAUGGAUGAUCGAUGGAUAUAUACGUACCGUCUACCA